AUGGAAUUCACCGUUCCAGGCAAGGGACAAUAUGAGCGGUCAGUUAUCUGGCCGGACCGGAACUUAUCUGAAAGCGACCGCAUUGUGAAUCAGCUUAAUUUCAAGCCGCGGUGGGUGAGUCUUCGAGAAGAGAACGCUGAUGACGUCAUUCCGAAGAAAAUUCUCCUGUACCACGGCUUCGGCAGCUGGGACGUCAAGAAAGGUGGUCACACGUUCCGUGAGCAAAAGUGCCUCGUGGACACGUGCGAACUGACGUCAGACCCCAAGACGCAGAACUCCGCCGAUGCCGUCCUGUUUCGAGACGUUCCCGCACAAAGCUGGCAGGGGCGUCCUAUAAAACAGAUCUGGAUUCUGUUUAUGCUAGAAUCGCCCUACCACACAGCAUCGCUUCAGAACUUUAACAACACCUUCAAUUGGACUGCCACCUACCGACACGAUUGACGUUACGAGAAAUUUGUACUAUUCAACGAUAAUAUCCGAACACUUCCGCAAAACCGAAGUUACGCGGCGGGGAACAAGAAAGUCGCUUGGUUCGUUUCUCGAUGCAUGGCGAGAAAUAGUCGCCUGGACUAUGCCAUGAAAUUGUCGAAAUUCAUCGACGUGGACAUUUACGGCGCUUGUGGGAAACUGGAAUGCCCCCGAGGCGAGAGACGGUGUUUCGAUAUGCUAAACAAGGAUUAUAAGUUUUACCUGGCUUUCGAGAACUCGAACUGCGUUGAUUACAUCACUGAGAAAUUUUUCGUCACUGGUUUGCAAAAUGACAUCAUUCCAAUCGUCAUGGGUGCUUCCCCCAACGACUACGCACAUGCGGCUCCGCAUCAUUCCUUCAUCCACGUGGAUGACUUCGAGUCCCCCGAGAAGCUCGCGGAAUACCUUCACACGCUGGACACGAACGAUUACCUUUAUAACAAAUACUUCGAGUGGAAGGGUACCGGGCGGUUCAUAAACACGUUCUUCUGGUGCCGUGUCUGCGCAUUGCUACACGACCAGUCACGUGCUCGCCACGUGUACGAUGACCUUGACACGUGGUGGCGUGGCCCAAACGUGUGCAUCGGACGACAACGGUGGAAAGACGUGAAAAAAAACAAACAUCUUUUAAGUGCGACGGGGUUUGAACUGGUUUCAAAUUUAUUAACCUAGUGAGAUUGACAACAAAAUAUUUUAAAAGUUGUAGUCAAAUGUCAAGACCGAGCAUC